AUGCAGCAACGCCAGGACGGUGCGCUCUUCGGAGCAUUUUCCCAGCAAGUGUUCGCUUCCGAUUCCACCGUCGGCGCCAUCGAAAAGCCACUUUCAGGGGUUGGGGCCCUGAAGAAUCGCCCGGCCAGGAACCUGUCUGAUUGGCCCUGUUCCGGGAGGUCACGCGGCCAAGCCGGUUCACUGCUGGGCCCCGCAGACGGCGUCUAUUCUAGCGCCGGGGAAGCGUUGCUACGCUCCGAGUACCAGGGCGACGGGAUUUGGGGGAGAUUUGUGAGGCAUCGCCGGUGGAGAUGCGGGCGAGCUGACGGCUGCCGUCGUCCUUGGCCGUGGUGCCGGCUAAAUACCCCGGAUGAAGAGGAAUAUCCUUAG